GCUUGUAAAACGACGAUGUUUAUUGUUUGCAUUUCAAACAUCCUGGUAACCCAAAUAACAAGCAUGCAAAACUGAAAGUAGAGACGUGGGUAUCAAACUAAAGCGUUAAUACAUAUUGGCAUGCAAACGAUCGAGAUGCCAGACAACUAGAGAGUGAUGGCUGAUCCAGAGGCUGCCUGUCAACAAGAUGUGUUCGACUUUGACCUCAUUGAAACCGGUUGUUAUGGGAGUGUUACAGCUGUCGCCAAAGACCGACAUGCAGUUAAACUCAAACAUGCCUGGCCGAAAAAGACACUUCCAGUAGGACUGCCCCCUGUGCUGCCUGAUUGGAGAUCAGACGUGGAACAGUACCUCACCUGUCCAGAGAAACUACCUAUACAUGACACUGCAAAAUCCCAAAAAUUCUGGCCUAGGGAGAGUUGUCCAGACAACCUAUACUCUGUUAACCUGUGUCCACUCCAGACGACCAUACAAGUGGAGAGGAAUCCAACCACUGGUCAGCUGUUAGGAUACAAAGAGGAGUACUUGACCGACACAGGAAGUACAGGAAAGACCUCCCUGUCACUGAAACGUGCCCCAGCCGGACCCCCAUCACAGGAUGUCCGUGGCAACACACUCAAUAUCCCAUUCUGGCCAGGAGGACUUGAUGAACCAGAGCUAGAAAAGACUACAGCAGAUAAUGUUGACGUUAACUCAGAGCUGAAUCUUGAAUCAGAUCUCCUGACUGUAGCCCCAGGAAUGAGAUCUGGAGUAACUUUUGACCAAGGUAACAAGAGUUCAGAGGUCAAGAACAGUUCGGACCAAUCAAACACACCUCAGUCUGUAAUCAACCUGGCAGACAUCCUAGCUCAGGAUAUAGAUGACCUUGACCUUGGUGAGGCUGAAGAUGUGGAAGAACCAGAAGAACCACAAGAGAAAUCAGAGACCGUUGAGAUUAAGAAAAGUGAGAGUCUAGAAAACUUAGUACAGACAACUGACAGAGGCUCAGAGACAGAGAAAGUCGAUGUCAAGGUCAAACGUGUGGCUAAGGAAGAAUGGGCAGUCAAUGUAGAUAUUGACGCUCCAGUGGAGGACUUCUACAAACGCAUACCAGACAUGGCAUACAAAUGGCCGUUUGAGCUGGACGUCUUCCAGAAGCAAGCUAUUCUCCACCUAGAGGACCAUGACAGCGUGUUUGUGGCAGCACACACAUCAGCGGGGAAGACUGUGGUGGCGGAGUACGCCAUUGCUCUGUCCCUAAAACACAUGACCAGGACAAUCUAUACCUCCCCUAUAAAAGCCUUAUCCAAUCAGAAGUACCGAGACUUUAAGCACACAUUUACAGACGUGGGGCUUAUCACUGGUGAUGUUCAGAUGAAUCAAACAGCAUCCUGUCUCAUCAUGACCACAGAAAUCCUUAGGUCGAUGCUGUACAAUGGGUCAGAUGUGAUCCGAGACCUGGAAUGGGUGAUCUUUGACGAGGUCCACUACAUUAACGAUGCCGAUAGAGGUGUCGUAUGGGAGGAGGUCCUAAUUAUGCUUCCUAAACAUGUCAACAUAAUUCUUCUGAGUGCUACUGUUCCCAACACCAUCGAGUUUGCGGACUGGAUUGGGAGGACGAAGAGGAAGAAGAUCUAUGUUAUCAGUACCCCCAAGCGUCCUGUCCCCCUAGAACACUUACUGUACACUGGAAACAGUGGAAAGACUAGUGACCAGCUCUUCCUUUUAGUGGACCAUAAGAAAACUUUCCUCACAAAUGGCUAUAGCAAAGCCCUAGAAGCCAAGAAAGAAAGAUCAAGUAAAAGUUCCCAGAACUUUGGAGCCAAAGGAACUAGGGGAGCUCAUCCUAACCAGGAUAAGAACAUUUGGAUUUCUGUGAUUGACAUGCUGAAGAAGAAAGAUAAGCUACCAGUUGUUGCCUUCACAUUUUCCAAGAAAAAGAUAGAGGAUAAUGUCAACAAUCUUCAUAGUCUUGACCUCACCACACAGAAAGAGAAGAGUGAAAUCCACAUCUUCUUCCACAAGUCUAUCACACGCUUAAAGGAUCCAGAUAAAAAACUGCCACAGGUGAUACAAAUGGAGGACCACCUUAAACGUGGUCUGGGCAUGCACCACAGCGGAAUACUUCCCAUUCUCAAGGAGGUGGUGGAAAUGUUGUUCCAGAGAGGAUUAGUCAAGAUCCUAUUUGCUACGGAGACGUUUGCCAUGGGUGUAAACAUGCCAGCCCGUACUGUCGUGUUUGACUCCAUAAGAAAGCACGAUGGAACAUCAUUCCGUGACCUUCUGCCGGGCGAGUAUAUCCAAAUGGCGGGAAGAGCAGGGCGUAGAGGCUUGGAUACUACAGGGACGGUGAUAAUUCUCUGUAAAGGGGAUGUACCAGAGAUGUCAGAUCUUCACAGGAUGAUGCUGGGGAAGCCAACCAAGUUGGAGUCACAAUUCCGUCUGACGUAUUCUAUGAUCCUCAACCUCUUACGAGUGGAGCAGCUGCGCGUAGAAGACAUGAUCAAACGCAGCUUCUCGGAGUUCCACUCACAGAAGGAUACUGUCAAACAUAAAAACGCCCUCGAAGAGCUCCACUCUAAGGUGGCGGACAUCACAAACAUAGAGUGUUUCCUGUGCUCUGUGGAUCUGGAAAAGUAUUAUGAGAGCUGUAAGGAAUAUCAUGAAUCCAAGAAACAGCUACAGACUAUUGUCCUGUCACAUCCUACAGCGAUCAAGUUACUGAGCGCAGGGCGAGUGGUGGUUGUUGACAAUGCCAUUCACAGUAACGUUCUGGGCGUAAUACUUCAGACAAAUGUGUCCUCAAGUUCUAGUAGUGAUCGAGUCUUUACCUGUCUCGUCAUUUGUGAUGAAAAACAUGUGAAAGGUGAAGGACAGACAAAGUCUGGUGGUAAUAUUGGUCUGGUCACACCAGUGUUGAGCAAAACACUGUAUCGACCAGAGGGCGUGUGUUGUCAUCAGAUGGUACCGCUGAAGGCCGAGGAUAUCAGUGUGGUCACAACAAAGACGGUACGAGUGGAGGUGGAUAGAAUCAUUAAUGAUAUACGCAAGAGGCAGCAGCCGAGAUUUAGAGAUGACCCUCCUAGUCAAGCAGUGUCCAUAGCAACACAAGAGCUAUUAAGAUUAACUGAAGGAAACCCCCAGGGAUUGCCAGGCCUUGACCCUGUGAAGGACCUUCACCUUCGCGACAUAGACAUGGUGGAACAGUUCCGAGCGUUCUCUCUCCUGGAAGGAAGUCUGAAGACGUUCCAAUGUGUCAACUGUCCUAGAUUUCAGGAACAUUUUAGUCAGCUAAGUAAUAAUAUGAAACUGAAGGAAGAGUACAUGCGACUCAAAUUUCUGUUAUCUGAUGAAAGUCUUCAGCUUCUUCCAGAGUACCAACAAAGAAUUGAGGUUCUUAAAGCGUUGAAUUACAUUGACGCCAACAAUACAGUGCAGUUAAAGGGGCGAGUUGCCUGUGAGAUCAGUAGCCAUGAACUUAUGAUUACUGAACUUGUGUUUGAGAAUGCACUUACUGAACUCCAUCCGACAGAGAUCGCUGCCCUGUUAUCCUCGGUUGUAUUUGAACAAAAGAAGGCCAGCGAACCUAACAUUAUUGACACAUUGGAAAAGGGUAAGGAGCGAAUCUUAGAGAUAGCUGAUAGGAUCACAUUGCUACAGAAACAGAAGGGCAUGCUACUAGGGGCAGAGUACAAGGAAGCGUUCAAGUUCGGACUCAUGGAAGUCGUGUUCGAGUGGGCUAGAGGAAUGCCAUUUGCCGAAAUAACAAAUCUGACGGACGUUCAGGAAGGUAUCAUUGUGAGGUGUAUACAGCGUCUACACGAGACUCUGAGAGACGUGAGGAAUGCUGCGCGAAUUAUCGGUGAUCCCGUCCUCUAUCAGAAAAUGGACGAGGCCUCCUUCAUGAUUAAAAGAGACAUUGUGUUUGCUGCAUCAUUAUACACACAGUGAUUAAAAUUGUAAAAAUAAUGUAAUGAAAUAAAUAUUGAGACGGUACCACAUUUGUAUGUGAUGGAAUUCAACAACGCAAAGGAUUAUUAACGGCUAUUCCAGUAAAAUAUCUGUCCAACGGGAGGACACCAUAUUUGUCAAACGGACCGCCAGCAAGAGUGAUUUAAUUCAAGUAGCAGAUAUAAUCAGCCUGAUUUUCUUCAGCACUCGCCAUGCAUUGAUUUUCUUCUUUUGCUGGAUUCUUCCUGUUGGAUAUGUGAUAUAUAUUUCACUGGAAGAGUCCUCAUUGUAGUUUUUAAUGAUCAUUUCAUGCCUUUGAAGUUGAAAUGUAUUUUACUGGAAGAUCUAGAGUCCUCAUUGGGUUUUAAUAAACUGUAUGUGAUAUUCCUAAACAUGGAUAAAAAUGAAGACAGAGAAAAUGUAAACUUUGAUGACAUCAUUAAGAUUUUUCCAGAAAUCCAAGUUACUUUGGGCCUUGGGUUUAGUGGGUUCCAAAGUUUGAUGAUAUGAAAACAUAACCUUACCUAAGCCUAAUGUUGUGUCAUUAGUAAUGAGCCAUGACCUAUUUACAGAGGCUAUUUUUGAGUCUGUGCAAUGCAAUAAAAGCAUUAUUUAUCAACAUUGAUGA